UCAUAGCAUGAUAUUCUCAGAGAAGAAGAGUUGAUUACAAACAAGACCACACUUUGAGCCAUAAUGGAACAGGCUGUUCGUAGUGAAUCAAAGAGAGGCCAGGUCACAGGAACAGAUUUGAUAAAUGACGUUUCCAAAGCUAAGAAGUGCACAGUGAUUGGAGGCUCUGGGUUCCUGGGGCAGCACAUGGUAGAGCAGUUGCUAUCGCGAGGCUAUGCUGUCAAUGUAUUUGAUGUCCGCCAAGGCUUUGAUAACCCUCGGGUGCAGUUCUUCAUAGGUGACCUGUGCAACCAACAGGACCUGUACCCAGCUCUCAAAGGUGUAAGCACAGUUUUCCACUGUGCGUCACCCCCGUCAAACAGUAACAACAAGGAGCUCUUUUAUAGAGUGAAUUCCACUGGCACCAAGACUGUCAUUGAAACCUGCAAAGAGGCUGGAGUUCAGAAACUCAUUUUAACCAGCUCUGCCAGUGUUGUCUUUGAGGGUGUCGAUAUAAAAAAUGGAACUGAAGACCUCCCUUAUGCCACGAAGCCCAUUGACUACUAUACAGAGACCAAGAUCUUGCAGGAAAGAGCAGUACUGGAUGCCAACGACCCUAAGAAGAAUUUUUUAACUGCAGCCAUUCGUCCUCAUGGCAUAUUUGGCCCAAGAGAUCCCCAGUUGGUCCCAGUCUUAAUUGAUGCAGCUAGAAAAGGCAAAAUGAAGUUCAUGAUUGGAAAUGGGAAGAACCUGGUGGACUUCACCUUCGUGGAGAAUGUAGUUCAUGGACACAUCUUAGCAGCUGAGCACCUCUCCCGAGAUGCAGGUCUAGGUGGGAAGGCAUUUCACAUCACCAACGAUGAGCCAAUCCCUUUCUGGACGUUCCUGUCCCGCAUUCUGACAGGCCUCAAUUAUGAGGCACCCAAGUACCGCAUCCCCUACAGGGUGGCCUACUAUCUUGCUUUCCUGCUAUCUCUACUGGUAAUGGUGCUCAGCCCUCUCAUCCAAAUCCAGACAACUUUUACACCAUUUCGGGUGGCACUGGCUGGAACAUUCCACUAUUACAGUUGUGAGAAAGCCAAAAAGCUCAUUGGGUACCGGCCACUGGUCACCAUGGAUGAUGCUGUGGAAAGGACUGUGCAGAGUUUCCACCACCUGCGGAAGGACAAGUGAAGCUCCCCAGUGCCCUCACCAGUAACUUUCUCCUCUCUGUUCUAAAGAACCAAUAUCCCUAAGUGAGUUUCUUCUAAGCUGCAUGCCCCUUGCUGGUUGGGAUGACAGCAUACCUGACUCCUCUAUGAUAUUGGAGGUGACAACAACAGGAGACAUUUCUCCCAGGAUAGCAUUAGACUUCUCAGGCAGACUCAUAGUCUACUGUUUUGGUCUUUCCCUCUCCUCCCCCUACUUCUGUCUCCUGGGUUCAUUAUCAGAAAGAUAAUACUAAAGUGAAAGCUUUGUUUAAGGUCUUAAAAAUUGAAGAAAAUCAGAAAUUGUAAAGACAGUAAGACUUCAGACAUACAUUUUAUAAGAUCACAGUACAAUAGUUAGAAGUACUGAUGAGUGUAUUCCCAAUCCCUGGUCCCUAAGGCUAAAUCCACUGCUGGUUCCUUGCUCCCUCGUAUACUCUCAAGAUCUCUUUCAAAGAUGGUUGCAGUGUUUGUCUCCAUUGUUUUUCCCAUAAAGUAUUUCAUUUAUCCACAGAA